GACUAGAAUGGGCAUUGACCAAGAAGAAGCAUAGCAGAGAAGAAAGGCAAACUCGAGGCAUUGAACCUCUGCUACCAUGGGGAACUGGGCUGUGAAUGAGGGCAUCUCCAUCUUUGUCAUUCUGGUAUGGCUGGGGAUGAACGUCUUCCUCUUUGUCUGGUACUACCGGGUUUAUGAUAUCCCAGAUAAGUUCUUUUACACUCGAAAACUUCUUGGGUCAGCACUGGCCCUGGCCAGAGCCCCUGCAGCCUGCCUGAAUUUCAACUGCAUGCUGAUUCUGCUGCCUGUCUGUCGAAAUCUGCUCUCCUUCCUCAGGGGUUCCAGUGCGUGCUGCUCAACAAGAAUUCGGAGACAACUGGACAGGAACCUCACCUUUCAUAAAAUGGUGGCAUGGAUGAUUGCACUUCACACUGCAAUUCACACCAUUGCACAUCUAUUUAAUGUGGAGUGGUGUGUGAAUGCCCGAGUCAACAAUUCUGAUCCUUAUUCAAUAGCACUCUCUGACAUUGGAGAUAAGCCCGGUGAAACUUACCUCAAUUUUGUUCGACAGAGAAUCAAGAAUCCUGAAGGAGGCCUGUAUGUGGCUGUGACUCGGUUGGCAGGCAUCACCGGAGUCGUCAUUACACUGUGCCUGAUAUUAAUUAUCACAUCCUCCACCAAAACCAUCCGGAGGUCUUAUUUUGAAGUGUUUUGGUACACACACCAUCUCUUUGUGAUCUUCUUCAUUGGUCUCGCCAUCCAUGGAGCUGAGCGGAUUGUACGUGGGCAGACUGACGCGAGUUUGUUGAAACACCAACCAAGAAACUGUUAUCAAAACAUCUCACAGUGGGGAAAAAUAAAGAACUGCCCAAUCCCGGAGUUCUCUGGGAACCCUCCUAUGACUUGGAAAUGGAUAGUGGGUCCCAUGUUCCUGUAUCUCUGUGAGAGGUUGGUACGGUUUUGGCGAUCUCAACAGAAGGUGGUCAUCACCAAGGUGGUCACUCACCCUUUCAAAACCAUUGAGCUCCAGAUGAAGAAGAAGGGAUUCAAGAUGGAGGUGGGCCAAUACAUUUUCGUCAAGUGUCCCAUGGUGUCCAGGCUGGAGUGGCACCCUUUCACCCUGACCUCUGCCCCUGAGGAAGACUUCUUUAGCAUCCAUAUCCGCAUCGUGGGGGACUGGACAGAGGGACUCUUCAAUGCUUGUGGCUGUGAUAAGCAGGAGUUUCAAGAUGCCUGGAAACUACCAAAGAUAGCUGUUGAUGGGCCCUUUGGCACCGCAAGUGAGGAUGUGUUCAGUUACGAGGUGGUGAUGUUAGUGGGAGCAGGGAUCGGGGUCACGCCCUUUGCAUCCAUCCUCAAGUCGGUCUGGUACAAAUAUUGCAAUAAAGCCCCAAAUCUGAGGCUCCAAAAGAUCUACUUCUACUGGCUGUGCCGGGACACACAUGCCUUUGAGUGGUUUGCGGACCUGCUGCAGCUGCUGGAAACCCAGAUGCAGGAGAAGAACAACUCGGGCUUCCUCAGCUACAAUAUCUACCUCACUGGCUGGGAUGAGUCUCAGGCCAGUCACUUUGCUGUGCAUCAUGACGAGGAGAAAGAUGUAAUCACAGGCCUGAAACAAAAGACCUUGUAUGGACGACCCAACUGGGAUAACGAGUUCAAGACCAUUGGAAGUCAACACCCCAAUACCAGAAUAGGAGUCUUCCUCUGCGGACCGGAAGCCUUGGCUGACACCCUUAAUAAGCAGUGCAUCUCCAACUCCGACUCUGGCCCCAGGGGAGUGCAUUUCAUUUUCAACAAGGAAAACUUCUAACUGGUCCCUUCCAUGAGGAAAUGAAUGUGGGUUGUACCACUGAAUAACCAAGUAAUGCUAGUGGAUAAUAUAAGUUCCUUACUUAAAAGAAAAAGAAACUAUGAUAUGAUGACUUUCCCUGAAAGGAAUGUCAAAGAUUUUUAAUGGUGAUAAAUUUGCAUUUGUAUUGAGCUUUGUGGUUUUCAGAGCAAUUAUAUAAACUUUUUUUUUUCAUUUUUUUUUUUCCCUUCACAGUAAUGCCAGAGAAAGGUAGGGCAAAGAUUCUCAGACUCAGUUUUCAGGGUGAAAAAAAGGUUCAAAAUGGUGAAGUAACCUCCCUAAGAUUAAAGCUGAGACUGGCUCUAGGCCAUCUGCCUCUAGGUUUGGUGAUCUUUCAGCAAUAGCAGGUUGCCUGGAAAUUGGUUGGUAUACUCCCCCAAAGAAGAAGCAAACCAGGGAAUAAUUAUUCAUAUUCCCUUUUGUGUCAUCUUUGUUAUCACUACUGUCCUAUUGAAGGAAAUUUUCCAAGUAGGAGGUAAUUUAUACUGAGAGUGAUUCAUCACUUAAUAGUGACAACAUCCUCCAGUUUACCAAUAGAGCAGCCUAACUGGGUCAGAGAUUUCUCCUAAAAAAAGAAUAUUACACUGACUGGAUGUAUGUAUGACCCACCAUUUACACUGGUGCUUGACAAAGAGUGAAUACUCAUUGAAAGUUAACUGAAUGAAUGAAUGAAAAAACAUUUAGAACCAUACAGUGCCAAGGUAGAAUCAACUGAAAGCCUUAAACAGUAUUAUCUGAGGAAAUCACUUCCAAUACUCUAGUUGACCAAACGAGCCUGAUUCUCUUUUUUUUUUUUUUCCAUUUAUUUUUGUUAGUUGGAGGCUAAUUACUUUACAUCAUUACAGUAGUU